AUCUUUCAGUCCAAAACUACACUGAGAGAGAGACCAUUAUCUACAGCCGCAGCCACAACUUAUGGCCAGAGCCUGCCUAGGCUCCGCAGCCACAAUCAGAUCCAUCCACAACCACCGUCGCCCGUUUCUUCCCUCCUUUUCUGUACAACCAAUUGCUUCCGCCUCCUCAAUAAUGCCAGAUUCGAUCAAGCCCCACCCAUCACUGGAAAUUCUAGGCGGAGCCACCAAUUCAUUCCUUCCUGCCCUGAAGAUUCUAACCGACGCGUACAAACCUUAUCCUGUCAUCGGAUGGAACCGUCACAUAGAAACCAUCUUCGCCUCUUUCUUCAGAAAUAUCCCCGACGUUAGAUUCCGGCGUGAGUGUCUCCGGAUGAAGGAUGGCGGGGUCGUUUCACUAGAUUGGGUUUCUGGAGACGAUCUUCGUUUACCCUCUAAUUCCCCUACCCUGAUUUUGCUGCCAGGUCUUACCGGAGGAAGUGGUGAUUCUUAUGUAAGACAUAUGCUGAUGACAGCAAGAAACAAUGGCUGGAGAGUUGUUGUCUUCAACAGCCGUGGUUGUGCAGACAGUCCUGUCAUCACUCCUCAGUUCUAUUCAGCUUCAUUUAUAGAAGAUCUUCGUCAAGUAGUGGAUCAUGUUGGUAACCGAUACUCCGAAUCGAAUUUAUAUGCUGUUGGUUGGUCUCUAGGAGCAAAUAUUCUUGUUCGAUACUUGGGUCGGGAAACAGAUGGAAUCCAUCUCUCUGGUGCAGUAUCAUUGUGUAAUCCUUUUAAUUUAGUCAUUGCAGAUGAGGAUUUUCGCAAGGGAUUUAAUAAGAUUUAUGACAAAGCUCUUGCAAAUUCUUUGUGCAAAAUAUUUAAGAAACAUGCUUUACUCUUUGAAGACAUGGGUGGUGAAUAUGAUAUCGCUAUGGCAGCAAACGCGAGAACUGUUAAAGAAUUUGACGAGGGAUUAACAAGAGUUUCAUUUGGUUUUAAAUCGGCGGAUGAUUACUAUUUGAACUCGAGUAGUUCGGAUUGUAUUAAAUAUGUACGCACGCCUUUGCUUUGCAUACAGGCAGCGAAUGAUCCAAUUGCUCCGUACAGGGGAAUCCCUUUCGAAGAUAUUAAUGAAAACCCGAAUUGUAUGCUGAUUGUUACGCCACAAGGCGGGCAUUUGGGAUGGAUUGCUGGCAGUGAAGGCCCUUUGGGAGCUCCAUGGACCAAUUCCGUGGUAAUGGAUUUUUUGGUACAUUUGGAAAACGGAAACUAAGGCUGAUGUUGUGGAUUUGGAUCAUUGUUUUGUUUUUCAUUCUUUUAGGACAUCAACUCUUCCUAUUUAUAGUAUGUUUGGAUGAUUCAACUAUU